AUGAAAACCAACGGUCGAAAUAUUGGUCACAUUUUUCCAUAUCACUUUCACGACUAUUACAUCACAAUCUACAACUGGGACAUAACCUUACCUGUCACAAAAAAACAGUUUGCAUAUAAAUCCCACGAGCCUGAAGGAUACGAGCAGAAGUACACCUACAGAAAUUUAACGUCAAACGAAGGGAGCGAAGAUGAUGAAGAGGAAAGUCAGUCAAGUGAAAAGAGCGAUUCUGAAGAGGACGAGCAGACAACUGAUGAAGAAGAAUCCGAUCCUAACAGAGAACAAGACAGCGAGUCUGAGGACGAGGAUGGAGAUGGCGAGAGUAGCGAGGACAGCAGCAGUGAGCCGGAACAGCAAGGCCCUAAGGAGCACCAACCACAGAGGAGUGGCCAGCGCUCGAGGCAGAAUCCCGAAGAGUCCAGCCGGAAGAAGGAUCUUGAUAAGCAAACACAGCAGCACAAACGCUCGUCAAGCGAGCACCAGAAGUCUAAAAGAAAGACUCCAUGUCCGGCAAAACCUGCGAAGAAGUUGGGAAAAAAACACAUUCCAAAACAAAAAGGAACACCGCCACAAUCAACUAAAGAAGCGAAGAAGUCACCAACUCCAAAGACUGUCACGAAAAGCAGAGAUGCUCGAGGGGAGACGGACAUAGACAAGCAAGCAGGAAAGCCUAAAGCUAUGCAGAAGACAACGAAAAGGCGGAAGUCUGAAGAAUUUGAAAAGGAAGAAUCUCCAUAUAUUGACGCGAAGAGGGCCUGUCAAAGAAAAAAGAGAGAACCAAAAAUAUCUGCUGAGAUGGAGGACCGAGCCAUUACAAUGGAUAUUAAAGAAUGA